CAUUCCAAUUACCAUCAUAGCAUAUAUAUAUAUAUAUAUAUAUAUAUAAAUCCCAACAACAAAGCCAAGAAAACAUUAAAUUUUUUCUAUACUAAACGAGGAAAUGGGGAACAGCAUAGGAGGAAGAAACAAGGCAAAGGUAAUGAAAAUCGAUGGUGAAACCAUCAAAUUAAAGACACCAAUUCGAGUUUGGGAUGUUCUAAAAGAUUAUCCAACAGGCCAUGUUUUAUUAGAUUCACAAACCGUGAAGCAUUAUGGGAUCCGUGCUAAGCCAUUAGAGCCACAAGAGAGCUUGAAACCCAAGAAAAUCUACUUCUUGGUGGAGCUGCCGAAGCUUGCCGAUGAUGAAGUUCAUAAGGCGCCGAGGAGGGUGCGGUCAGGAGGGAUUCAUAUGAGUGCUAAAGAUAGGUUAGAGUGUUUGAUGUUGUCGAGAAGGACGGUGUCGGACCUUUCUAUGGUUCGACCGUCGUCGACGAGCAUGGUGCCCGAUGGGGUUCGACUAGGUGGUGGUGGUACUUCCGGUGGGGGGAUGAUGACUGUGAAAAUGAGGUUGCCUAAGUCUCAAAUGGCUAAGUUGAUGGAAGAGAGCAAAGAUGGUGUUGAGGUGGCUGAGAAGAUCCUUGAUCUUUAUACCGGAAAUGGUGGUAGUGGCGGUGAUGAUGCCGGUAAUCGAAUCCACCGUGAAGCACCGUGGAAGCCUGGCCUUGGUACCGUUGGAGAAAACUUUAAGCCCAAACGUGAGAGAGUGAGCUUUAUUCCACAAGAAGAAGGUGAAAUCCAUUUAGCAAAUCAAUUGUAGCAGCCAAAUUUGGAGUCAGCAUCAAAAUCCAGCAUUUCAGCCCCAAUACUAGUUUUCUUUCUAAAUAACUUAUUAUUUAUGACUUCUUUUUCUUUUUUAUAUAAUCACAUGAAUUUUCAUAUGUUUUACGGUUCAAGUCUAGUUCUAUUCGGUGAGGUGACAUUCAGGUAAAGCCCUCCCAACAAUACCGACUAUAGUGUUCGAACUUGAUCUAAAUACCUAGAGAAGAAGUCUACUUUCACUUCUUCCAAAUGGUUGGUACGAUAGAUAGUUGAAUAUGGAUUGUAAAUACUGAAAUUUCAAACUAGAUUUAUUGAAUAUCAUAUCUUAAAGGUGGCUGUAUGAUUUUUUUUGGGUUAAAGUUUGGUAUUAAUCUUUA